GUGCGGGCCGGACGCGGCGCCGCCCGCCCCCUGCAGCUUGUGCUGCCGCGAGCUGGCCACCGGAGGGGGCGAACAAACGCCAACCUGUUGUUUGUCCCGUCACCAUUUAUCAACUCAGCCACGAGGAAGUGAGGCACCCAAGGCGCUCGUAAAGUUCAGCAUGCAGGAAGUUUGGGGAGAGCUCAGCGAUUAGCACAGUUGCCAGGCCAGCGCCGGGCCAGCGCAGUCAGCGGGAGCGCAGGGCGACGCGGAGCCGGUCCGGAGUGGAAAUCGGAUUUUUUUCUUGGAGCGACACAGUCGCUAAGUCUCUAAUCCCAAAUGCACCGGUUCAUCUUCGUCUACACUUUAAUCUGCGUAAAUUUCUGCAGCUAUGGGGACACUUCUGCUACUCCGCAGGGCUCAUCCAUCAGAGCUUUGCGCAAUGCCAAUCUUAGGCGCGAUGAGAGCAAUCACCUCACAGACUUAUACCGGAGAGAUGAAACCAUCCAGGUGACAGGAAAUGGCCACCUGCAGAGUCCUCGAUUUCCGAACAACUACCCCAGGAACCUGCUCCUGACGUGGCGGCUCCAUUCCCAGGAAAAAACAAGGAUACAGCUAUUGUUUGACCAUCAGUUUGGAUUAGAAGAAGCAGAGAAUGAUAUCUGUAGGUAUGAUUUUGUGGAAGUUGAAGAUAUAUCUGAAACAAGCACCAUUAUUAGAGGACGAUGGUGUGGACACAAAGAAGUUCCUCCCAGGAUAAUGUCAAGAACCAACAAAAUUAAAAUAACCUUCAAGUCUGAUGACUACUUUGUGGCUAAACCUGGUUUCAAGAUAUACUAUUCUUUGCUGGAAGACUUCCAACCUGCAGCAGCCUCUCAAACCAAUUGGGAAUCAGUCACAAGCUCUACCUCAGGCGUCUCCUUUCGCUCUCCAUCGGUGACGAAUUCUGCUCUCGCUGCCGAUGCGCUGGACAAAACAGUUGCAGAAUUUGACACUGUGGAAGAUCUGCUCAAGCACUUCAAUCCAGAAUCGUGGCAGGAAGAUCUCGAGAAUCUGUAUUUGGACACCGCUCAUUACCGAGGCAGGUCAUACCAUGACCGGAAGUCAAAAGUUGACCUGGACAAGCUCAAUGAGGAUGCCAAACGUUACAGCUGCACCCCACGGAAUUACUCAGUCAACCUAAGAGAGGAGCUAAAGCUCUCCAGUGUGGUCUUCUUCCCCCGAUGCCUCCUGGUGCAGCGCUGUGGGGGAAACUGUGGCUGUGGAAUUGCCAAUGGGAAGUCCUGCACAUGCAGCUCAGGGAAAACUGUGAAAAAGUACCAUGAGGUAUUAAAGUUUGAGCCUGGCCGUUUCAAAAAGAGGGGCAAAGCUAAGAAUAUGGCCCUUGUUGACAUCCAGCUGGAUCACCAUGAACGUUGUGAUUGUAUCUGUGGUUCAAGACCACCUCGAUAAAAGAGUACACACAUCUUGUAUCAAGCAUGAAAGAAGCUUCAGUUUAAGGAGGGUGUAGUAAGGGACUCUUUCUCUCUGGACACUGAACUUACCACUGUACUAACGUGCAAUGCAAUGAAUGCAAGCAGGUCCAGCCUAGCUUUGCUAGUGCCAUGGCACAUAGAAAGGUGCAUCAUCAACUUCUAUAUCCAAGAAUGUAGGAUCGCAUUUAAUGACAGUAUAUGAGGAUACAUGUGUAUACACACAGGUACAUCUAUAUCUAUGUCUAUGUGUAAAUAGAUUAAAGGAUUUAUUCAGUAUGUAACCAGAUAUGCCAGUGCUUACACAUGGUUGAAUUAUUUAGACCCUUAAUAUUUUGCCAAAGUAAGAAAUGUAUCAAAUGUAUGAAACAUAUCUUUGGGAAAAUCGAGAGGAAUUUAUUUUUAAAUUUUGAAUCACAAGCCCUUUUGAGUCUUACUGUCUUAAACCAUUUUGUACAUGAAAAGCCAGAAGAUGUGCUUUUCUUAUGUAUAUGCCUUAAUUGUAACAUAGAAAAAUAUUGUUUCUGAAAAAAGAUGAAUACCUAGCCAUUUUUCCCAUGAGAUGCACUACACACCAAUGUGUUCCAUAAUUACUUGUGUCCAAACCAAGCCAAAAUAAUAUAAGAGCUUUAGAAAUUAUGUAGGUUGUCUUUUGAUGCUUUUUGCUGUCACAUUCUACUUCAUUUAAUACUAUCUCAAAAAUUUCUUAGAGGGAUUUUAAUAGUCCUUCAAGAAAAGUUGUGGUAGAAUUACUUGGGGUAUUUUUUGUUUCUGAAAACUCCUCCAGAAAAGCAAAUGAUUUCAGGAAUAGCAUGGGAAUUGUGGGGACCCUCUUAAAAUGGUGUUCUUUGAAAGAUUUGGGAAGUCGAAAGUCAAAAAGGAAGAACUGACAUGUGGAUGUAACUGGAAAUUGGAUGAACUACUUGAUAGAAUCCAUAUUUAGUAACAGAUUUGAGCUCUACAAACUGUAUCAAUAGUUUCAUGUAUUUUCCCUUUGUGCUGUCAUGCAUGUAUCCAUCUAUACAUCGAGAUACAUAUAUUGAGAUAUAUAUGUGUAUCAACUUACAGUGGCAUUUUAAAUUUGUCAGGCCACCAUAGAUUGUAGCCAAAAAGCUUUUGAUAUUAACAAAACCACCAACUCUGGUUGAUGUAAAUCCUUAGUCAUAUUCUUUCUCAUAAUUCAUAAUUCCUGUUUUUGAGCCAAGUGGAAUCUGGGUCUCUUAUUUUUUUCCAAAUAUGUGAAGUAUAUUCUAAGGAGCCAGCUGUGAAUAUGUGUGAAGUAUAUUCUAAGGAGCCAGCCAAAUUUGGGCUGCUAUCCCACUAGAAAACUGUUUUGCUUUGGCUACUGGUAUGUAAAGUAAAUUUUCCUCCCUGGCUCCUUCGUGUCUAUCUUAAAGAGCCUGACUCCAGGAAUGGGAAGUGAUUCAUCAUGCUCUGAAGCUAGACACUAAGAGGGAACACCGAAAUCAACACAGCUCACGGGUGCUCAUAAGGAGCUACAUUUUCCUUCCAGUGUUGAAAGUAAAGAAGAACUGAUUUCUUCCAAGCAGUCUGUCUGAAGGGUAUGUGACAGGGCUCAUGAAGAUGAGUGGCUUACACACACCAGGCUUUGUGAGCAUGAUGGUCUCGACUACCCUUACGUGGCUUAUUUCUUCUCAGCACUUUGAGCUAGAUGAAGUAUGCAUACUGGUAAUAUAUCUUCUAAAACUUCCCUAGAAGUAUCCAGUGUUUUCACUCAGUGACUCGGUAUAAAAUUAAAUAUUCUGUUACUCAGUUCCCCCAGAUCCAAGAGCACAAUCAUAAAGAGCUCAGGCAGACUCUAGUAAUCAGGAACCACUUUUCUCCUUCAUGACUACUUGCAGGUUUCUUGAGAAAACAUUGGCUUCCUGUACUCAAACCAAACUGUAUUGUACCACUCACUCUAGCUUUUGAACUUCUUAUCUUUGCUGUAAGUAUGAAAAAUUAGAGUGUUCUACCCAAUUUUCAAUAGCUCUUCUAAGCUCCAAUAACCAGGAUGGUUUUCAUUUAAAACCCUAGUUACACUUUGUAUUUAUUAGCUGAAAUGUAAAAAGACAUACCCACUUUUUGUUUUCUUCCUUGAAUGUUUUAUUAAAACUUCUCUCUUGGUAUCUGUUAUCUAUCAUACUUCCAACACAAACCAAUAAAUCAGUUUCAUUGCCAUCAAAGGAAUAAAAAGCUCACUGUACAAAUUACAUUUCAAAACAAGUCUGAAUAAAUCCACAUUUCUGUAUAGUUCACUCACAUGGAAUAAUGCCUUUCAUUUAACAUGUUUUUAUAGGGCUGACACUUUCGUAAGUAGAGUUUUUAUGUGUUUUUGUCAUAUUGGUAACAUGUAGCUCUUUCUUAUAGAAUUUCCUAUAGCAAAUGUAUUAAUGCCUCUUAUCUUCAUGGAAAAUAAAUAAUAGUUUUGAACAAA